CCUGCGGCGGCAGCCUUCGGAUCUCUCCUGCUCAUCGGUUUUUUUUUUCCCCCUUGAAUUGAUCUAAGUAACACGAUCACCCACCCAUGGCACGCACAACAUACAUACCUCUCUCGCUCCUUGUUCGCUGGGUUGCAAACGGUACUUCAUACAAUAUCACCGUAGCAACAAGAUGGGCCUCCGAUGUCCGCUGCCUUUCGUGCCAUCCGCGAGCUUCCCUGUCCCGGCAGGCCCUGACAUCCGACCACUGCCUGGGCUAUAAUCCUCUGCAGUUGGCACAAUUGGAUCCAGUUACUGCAUAUGUCUAGUGACGAGCCUGUGCCAAAGCAACGAUCAAUUGGAGGUCGGGCUCAGGGCAACACUCGAAUCACAUUGCUAUGGUAUGGAGGGUAUGAGUAUAGGGAC